ACUUGGAAACAAGAAGAGACCUUGAAGUGUCUUGGAAGUGACCGUGUUAUUAAAUCUGGAGGUGUCUUUCGGUGACAAACUAUUAAUAUUUAAAUCCUGCAACACUUUGCAAAUUGAAAACAUUAAUGAGUGUUUAUGAAGUGCUUUGGUAUUCAAAAUUCUGAGGAAGCCUCAACAUCCUGUUUGCUCAUUAUUACGCUUAUUUUCCAUUCAAAUUAAUGCCAGGAAUUAGGUGAAGGUCACACAAGGAGUUCUGCCAUGAACUCCGGUGUUCCUGGAGUUGGAUGCACGUGGUUGAUUCUUUGUGGAAAAAAUAUGGAUGUGAUUCUUUGGAAAAUAGCAUUUAGAGCUCUUUUAGUGCUAAUCUUUAUGAUUUUUUUAUUUCCACAUCAAGUUCAUACCUGAAUUCUCCACGUUGUUGUGCUGAGGUCAAGCCCUUUAGUGAAUUAAAGUGUUGCAGACAAUGCCAGAGUCAUAAUUUUUGUUGAAAACAUUCUUUCUGCUCAUGCAGCAACAUGACUUUGAUUCAUGAGCAUUUUGAAGGAAUGGAAUUAAGAUUUAUUUAUGGUUCUGGCUGUUUUUCCUUGAGUUGCUGAAGUUUGAUAUAAAAUUCCUACAUCUACAUUUGCAUUUCCUUUAAAUGAAAAACCUGUGUCGUGUUGCAUCAGUUUCUAGUGAAAAACAAAUAUCCAAUACAUGGAAAAGCUUUCCUUUUAUACUGAAAAUUUCUCUCUCUCCAAUGUCCUUGAGAAGGCAGAAAUGACUUUUAUAUUAUACAGAAAUAAACUUCAGUUUUCACAACGGAGACAAUAAAAUGGUAUCAGGAAUGUAGCUGGCCCAGAAAAUUGGCAGAUGAAAGGAACCUGUAAUACGUGUGCCAUAUGGGAGGCUGGGAACACACUAAUAAUCCCAAACAAUGAAGAAAAUUACAUUAAUUGAAGAUAUGACGUGUACAGGCAAAUUUGUUUUCCAACCAAUAAGGCUCCAAACCUUUUUGAACACUCAGGGCGUCUGAGAUAAGCCAGGAGGGCCAGCAGGGAGUAUAAAAAGGACUGGGAGCUCUGGGCUCCUCAGCAGCUCCUCUACCUUCCUCCUCCCGGUGAACUCGGUUUGCCUCCAGCACACAAAGAUGACCUUCCUCCAGGGCCAGUGUGACGACGAUUGCUACUCCCCCUGUGGCUACCGGGGCUACGACUGCGGGAGCCCCUGCGGCUUGCGGGGCUACGGGGGCCUCUACGGCUACCGCGGCCUCUACGGCCUCGGCGACCGCUACGGCUACGGGGGCCUCUACGGCUACCGGGGCCUCUACGGCUCCGGGGACUGCUACGGCUACGGUGGCUACCGGGGCUUCUACGGCUCCGGGGACUGCUACGGCUACGGUGGCUACCGGGGCUUCUAUGGCUCCGGGGACUGCUGUGGAUACCCCGGUGUUUACUCGGGCCGCUAUGGUUACCCCUACGGCUCCCGCUACAGCCAAAGGUACGGCUACGGGGGCUGCUACAGCUGGUGAAGCCCGCCGGGACGGCCCUCGGGGGAAGGUCAGCCCAAGCCUGGCGAGCAGGGGUUGAUGGAGAACCUCGGCAGCAGAGGGUGUGCAGGGCCCCGGGCGCAGCGCCCGCCCUCCGCGGCGGCUUCGAGAGCUCUGCGCUGCCCUCGAGGUGCUCGCGAUGAUCCCUCUUCGUUCUGCUCGGUGUCUGCUGCUGCUCCUGCCACCCAGAGUCUCCCCUUGACCUAGAACUGCUUCUCCUCGGUGCUCCAGUCCUCGGAAACCGGCUCUGAUGUUGUUUGCGACGAUGUACAAAGCCUGAGCUCUGGCUGGGUGGUGGGCAGGGUGUAAAGGCCUCUUUGGGAAUGUGGGCUCUCUGUUCUGGGUCUCUUUAUAAAGUACAUCUGCCUUUCACUCGUAUUAAAAACUUAUUCUGCAUCAA